UUCUCAGGCCCAGGCCGACGGCGAUCACUAUAGACGCAAUCGCAACCGCGGGCCCACAACUGCCUCGGAAAAGUAUUACGAUUGCUUGCAAUGUGCUGAUCAGUGCAGGCACGAUCUCAUUCUGAAAAGCAGAAACAAUUGUUGCAAUAAUAACAACAGUAACAAGAAUAACCUCCCCGGUAAAAAUCUCCACGGCAAGAAUAGCAGGCCGAAUGUUGCUAAUCGUGGUAAAAACGUCGCCAAAAACGUCAACAAAAGCACCAAUUCGAACAACAAAAUCAACGCGGUGGCUGCAAAAAAUCAAAAGAACAGCAGUGCAGUGAGCAGCGCCGCCGUCAAUAAAAAUCGAGUUCAGAAGAUCAACAAUCUUCAAGCGGCGAACGUCAAAAGCACCAACAAGACUGCCACUAAUAAUCAACAACUUGAAAGUUAUCUGAUGAGCGUGAAGGAUCCUUCGAUACGUCGUUGGCUAUCAAAAAGCUCCAACAGCAGCAGCUACAACGAGGCACGCCUACAACACUUGUGUGACAAGCAAAAUCAUCAGAGGGGUCCCGCUACGCCUGCUCGCAAACGCUCGUCUUUGGCUAGACCCGUAAGGAUCCACGAUAGCUUUCCACAAGAAAAUGAAGCUGUCAUUGUCAACUGGGACGAGAGCCAAAAUCUACAGAUACGAUCAAGAUGCAUGGCUGACAAGUCCAAGGUGAAACAAAAGGACAAGGACAAUAAGAAGAAGAAAAAGAAGGGGCAUCAGUUGGAGCAGAUUGUCGAUGAUGUUGUUGAGAUCCGCGUCGACGAAGAAAUUACCAUGUCGCCAAUACGGCUGCGUCUUGGCGAAUUUUUCGAGCUUUCGCUACCGAAGUAUCGCAAGCGAAAGCGAAGAAGACGCCACCGCAUGAUGAUAGCGACAAUGCGCGAGAAGACAAUGAAGUCAAUGUUGGAGGCAGGUGCUUUGCGUACCGGUCGACAGCGCACUGGAAGCACCUUCAAAGAUACCGAACGUCUACUCAAGGUACUCAGCAUCAACAAUGUGGACCGAGAUAAUCGGUACAAUGUUACGCGCUGUUCUGUCAUGUAAUAUUCUAGAUCACAUACAUGCCUCACAGAAUAUUAAUAAUAUAAUAUUAAUAAUAAUAAUAUUAAUUAAUAAUUAAUUAUUAAUAAUAAUAAUUAUUAUUAAUUAAUAUUAAUUAAUAUUACUUAUUAUUAAUUAUUAAUAAUAUUUAUAAUAUACACGCCAACUUCAAUCUUAAAGCGUACCGUUCAACUUUUUAGAAAUUAAUUUCUUUCUUUUGUGGAUUGACCGUUUAACUUUCAUAAUUUAACGUUUUGCUUCGUUCUAGCACCGCUUCCAAUUUCAUAAUAUCUAGAUGAUCAUUACCAUUUCAAUUUUAUAGGCUUUGUUUUUGUUUAUGUUGGUAAAUCCUAUAAACAACCUUUUAAAAAACAAUCUGUGCAUCCUGAUUAUUAGCUAUUAGAAAAAUUGGAACUGAUUUUGUCUAUACUUGAAAAAUAUUGAGGAUAUGCCUAUCGACUUUUUUAGACUUUCCUAGACAUAAAAAAAUAAACAAAGUAAAAAUAACAUUCAUCUAUGCGGUUAAGUUGUUGGAAAACUAUUAUUGAUUUUACAUUAAAUUUUUAAUAUUGCUUAAAAAAUUUGAGAAUUAUAGGAAAUUGUUAUAUAUUUACGAUGUACUUAUUGAAUGUAUUAUCUAUGAUUUUAUUGCACGUGAAGGUGAUCAGGAGUAUACUGCCAGUAAAAGGCAAUUUAUAUAUACUAUAGAAAUAUGUUAUAGAGUUGAAAACAAAUUAAUUAUAACCAGAUUUUGUGACGGGUUGAGAGUUCUUUCUUGACAUUACCCGAUCUUUGAGGAUAAGGUUGGAUGGUGAAAUAAAUGCAAUUAAAUAUACAAUAAGUGUAUGCGCUUUAUUAAUUAAAAACGAAAGAGAGAAAGAGAGAGAGAGAGAGAGAGAGAGAUCGUGUGUGUGCGCGCGCGACUACUGCCCGAGCUCGAAUGUCUCCCGGCUGCGCCGAAUCAUCUCGGUACGCAUUUCGCCUAAUCGUCUCCACUUUGUCCUUGUAGAGGUGCAAAUGCACUUGCAUGAGCGACCCAAAAAAGUUGACGAAUACCCUUCAAGCCGUAAGAACAUGGCGAGCGCGAGUAUAAGCAGAGUAUAAGCUGGAGUCCAGUGACUCUCAGGAAGCUUCGCACGUGACAAUUUAAAUAAUUUAUUUUACACAUUGGUAAUUUUUCAAAUUAUGACUAAGAAAAAUUAAGCUUAAAUGAACUUUCUUAAUUAGUAGAAGCAAUUUCCAUGUAAUGCUAUUCAUUAUUUUUGGACACUCCGUGCGGAAAGUGCGUUUUUCUCGCACGCUCGGCAAGAAACGUGCGUUGAAAAUCGCACUUUCCACACGCCGUAUUAAAAAAUACGGUACGGCACAUGUUCAGGAAAGAGUUUCUCGCUUCGCUCGGGCAUAAACGCCACACGAGGCAAGAAUCUAUUUUCCCGCACUUGUAUCGUAAUGUACUAAAUCGAAAUUAAGCUAGAUCACCAUAAAUAUUAUUAGUAUAUUAGCUAACUAGCGCGGGAAAGUAGAUUUUUGUCUCGUGUGAGGUUUACACCCAAGCGAAGUGAAGCGAGGUUGGAAAGGCACACGAGGCAAAAAUCUCUUUCCCGAACAUGUUAGAUACGGUAUUUUUCAAAACAAUGCGUGUAAAGUACAACUGAUAUAAGACAUGAGCACUCAAGUUGAGUGCACGUUUUUCACCGAGCAUUCGGCAAAGUAGUAUUUUUCGCACGGCGUGUUGAAAACGUAAUGCUUAACCAGUUUCAGAUUGAACUACAAAAUACGUUGAAGAGCAGCUGUUAUAAAUCAGACAAACAAUCGAUUUGAAAAUAAAAAUUCGUAUUAAUUAAAUUACUGCUUAAUAAAAUAAAUUAUUUUAUAGCCUGACGUAAAUGAAUCGUACAUAGUAAAAGUGUAUAAGAUAUAUCUACUAAUGAUGUUAUAAAUUGUUACUUUUUCUUUAAAGUUAUUGACUUUUAGCUAAGAAGAAAUACAAAAUAUAAAUAACGUAAUAUAAUAAGUGUGCGAUUCUAGUUAAAACAAGUGGCUUAACCAUAUUACAUUAUAAAUAUAAAGCGUUGAUAACAAGAAGUUUAUCGAACCUAGCUGAAUUUGAAACUAUUUUUUUAGAUACAACAAACACAAGUGAUACUUUGAUAAAUUAAAUAAUAUUCAAAGGAGUCUACGUAUUAUACUCUAGCAGAAACUUAAUAUAUUGUAUUGAAUAUCGAAUGAAAUUUUUUUUCAAGAAUCAAUUUAAAAGUUUGAUAGGUGCUGCACAUCUUUAAUUUUUCAUAUUUUUGUAUACAGCGUUCGGAAUUACAGAUGACUACUUAAUCGAAUGUAAUAUACAUUAGACAUGAUUAUACAAUCACCUAUAAUAAUGCAUUGAAAUAUUAUUAUUUUUGAUAAUAAUUUAUUUAAUUUUAACAGACAAUGUAAUCACUUACAUAUUGAUUAUUUCGAGUUAGACACUAUAUGCACAGAUUUGUCAAUAUUUAAAGUAGUAUAAUGAAUUAAAUAAGUAUAUUACGCCAGAUUAGUAAUAUAUUUAUUUUGCAAUAUAUGCAAAUUACAGUUCCAUAAAAAGUAUAUUAAAUAAAUAUUAAAUCCCGAGCGCGGUGAAAUGUCUACCUAACGUAAUAUGGAUAGUCACAUAGCUGCUCUUAGUUCACCGAAAACAUCGUAUAUAGUGAGAAUAAACAGAAGUUGACAAAUGCCUAAUUAUUAUCUUGUCCGUACAAAUAAAUGAAAGUUAAGAGCAUUGAUUGACUGCGAGCGUCGUUACAAAUCAUUAUGAUAUUAUUCAAUGAAAACAAUUGAUCAAGUGGUUGUAUGGUCCAUGAAAGAUUGAAUAUUCAAUCGUCUUUGCUGCAUCGUUUGUACUCGAUUAAUUAUAAUAAGCCUAAUCUUUUUAUGAAUAGGCGAUGCUUAGAUUAAUAAUAUAUUAUGAAUUAAAAUUGGAGCUGGUAAUUAUGAUAUUUUUUUAUUUUUAUGAUCUUAGAAGAUUUUUAGAAAUAAACACACAUUAACUUCAAGUAACUUGUGUAUAAAAGAAUUAUGAUCAUAUCAUUUUUAAACAACUAUUCUUAAGAAGUAUAACAUUUGAAAAACUUAACUGAAGACCUCAAAUUACUACAAAAAAACUGCCGGAUUUUUACAUUUUCAUAACUCUACUAUCAAAAAUAUAAAAGAAAUUAAAAGCACUGAAUAUAAAUUACUACUAUUAUAGAGAUUUCUAUAAUAGUCAACAUAAAAUUUUAUACUUUAUUUUGGUUUGUCUCUAUAGUAUAUUACGUACCUAGAUUGGGAAAGUAUCAGUAAGUUGAUAGCACGUAAGAAUUGGCAAAUACAUGCUAUGAUCGGCUUGCCAAUUUCCCGACGGUAGGGCCAAUACUAUUUUUUUGUCCACCGAGGCCACAAUUAGUAUGUUACCGACUGAGAUACGGUCGAAAAAAACUACUUUCAAGCCGCUGGAUAAAACAAUAGUUCAGAGCCCUAAUCAUAAAAUUCAAAACUCUAAUUAUGUUAGAAUUUAUUUAAAAAAUAGAACAUUCUCGGAAGGGUUGGUUCUUCAUUCCAUUUUUCAAUAUCUGCAACUAUGGGUGAUACUCUUUAUAGUUACGAAUUUAACAUUCGAUACGUCUCAUCGAAAUUCGAUGUACAUCCGCUUUAAUAACUCCAGUGAAAAUAUAGAUCAUAACUUUUAUUGAAUUCAAAAUGAUGUAUAUGUAAAUUUUGAGAAACGCAUUAAUUAAUAUCUUUUAAAGAAUAAAAACGACGCUCGCUUUCUGUAUAUAUAUAUAUAUAUAUAUAUAUAUAAAUAUAAUUUUUGGCUUUUAUUAGAGAAACCAUAUAUAAUUAUUGUUGACAUAAAAUUUAUGAAUUAUCUUACGAUUAUCACAGAUAAAAUACUAAAACAUGUACUAACAGGUAUAAAACCAAUUAAUGGAUCCUAUAACACACUGUAUAUAAGCAUUUAAUCGCUAGAUACAAAUUCUAAACGAGACAUUAGCAAAGACAAGGUUGAAUUUUUGCACAGUCGAGUACAGAAAUUAAGAAAAAUUUUAUUCCACUAAACUUAUGGAAUUAUUAAAAAUAACAAAAUCUUAAAGCCUUCAACUUCUUCCUCUGCCGAAUUAUGUAUUCCGCCUGUGCCACGAAGUAAAAGCUUCAAUAUUAGAAUUGAAUAAUAUUUGAUUAACUUAGAGGUGCAUUUAACAAGUAUCAUCUUAUUAUCAACACGUAUAGUGUAUAUUAUGCAAAAAAAAAUACUAAUUGCAACUUUUUAGUGACACCAGACACUGAAUUUGCACUAUUCUAAUAACUAAACUACUUGCAUUAAAGACAAUAGAGUAUGGAAGUUGGCACGUGAUUUGAUUUGUAUGUAACAAAAAAGUACACUUUAUUCAUUAACAUCGAUAUUAGUUGAAUUCAAAAAUCAUAACCGUCCGGUAUAGAUCAUAAUCUUAAAUUGCAGCUCCAUACGAAACAUGAGAAAAUACGCCAAAACAGUUUGAACAGUUAAAACUCGCAUAAUACAAUCGUCAUCUAUAUUAAGAGAAAUUUUGCACUUUAUUGAUAUAUGCACACGUGUACUUUUAAAUAAUAAAAAAUUUUCGGAAAACUUCCAUUAAUUGACAAAACAACGGUUAUGCCGACUGGCUGUUGUUGAAUUGAAAACGUUAUUUGUGUUAAUAAAUGAUGAACAACAGCUGCUUGUGAUCUACAAAUGCAGAGCUUUUACAGUUUAUCAAGAAAAAAAAUAUAUUGAGACUAUCCUUGAAUGUUUGUAAAUGUCUGUAAAUGUUUAUAGUAUGUUUAUAAAUGUCUAUUGUAGAAAAAUACUUAUUUGAGAAAUAAUGUAUUAUUAUAAGUUUAUGAUUUCAGUAGAAUGCACAUUUAUUCUGAAUGAAUAAAAAAUAUCGAUUAAUUUGAACAUAAGAAAAAUCACGUUAUAAAGUCUAAUGAUUUGACAAAGUUUUAUUUCUCUAUUCUUAUUACUUUAAUAAUCAUGAUUAUAGUUAAUACAAUAUAUACCAUAAUUUAGUAUCAAACUGUAUUGAAGUUUUGUGUUUUAUACAUUGCGGCGUAUGAAAAAAAAACGUUCUGUGCUCGAAUCAAAAUAAUUAUUAUUUUUUUAUGUUAAACCUCUACGGUAAAAUGAAUGAUUAGCUUGUCAUUAGAAUUCUGGAGUUAUCGAAAGAAAAACUGUUAGUUCGAGUGUAUUCUAUAUUAAGAGAAUAUGUAAAUCUACAGUAUAUUUUAUGUGUAUCUAUAAACAAACGAUAUACUCUUCGUUAUUAUUAUAUUUAGUUUACUGAUGCUAGUCUUCAUUAUGUAAAACAAGUUGUUGGAUUGUAUGAAAAAUAUUAUUUUGAUUAAACCUUGUAUAUUUCUUGCAAUGUAAUAAAGAAUGAAAUAAAUGACCAUAAGAUAUUGGAGAUUUUAUUGCAAAAAUUACAAGCGAUUUAAUAUAUAAAAAUAGAAGAUUAUUCUAUAAGAUUGCGUGUAGAUUGGUACUAUUGACGAUAACCAACUACUGUACCAAUUUUCCUUUCAUCAAAAAGAAAGAAUAAAAAUGUAACGAUAUCUUUUACUUAUCUAAUAAUUUAUCCAAACUAUUGUUGAAAUCGAAAAAAUAUAAUAAAUAAUAUAUUAGAAAAUGAUAUAAUAUCGUAAUUAGUAUAUAAUUUAUGAAAUCAUCAACGGAAUUUGAAUUUGUUACAUGAUAAUACGGUCAGAAAUGAAGUUGUUCCAUAUCCUUUAAAGUUUAUUUAUUUAAAAGUCUUUGCUUGGAUUGUAAACUUCGUAAACAGAGAAAUAAAGUCAACGGACAUAAGACAAAAAAAA